GUUCAAGUUGGCGUACAACACGAACGAGAUGGCGUUUUCAGCAUGCUCGUCUGCGGCAGUCCGUGCGGCCCUCGCCAAAGUGUGUGCAGAGCUUGGAGCCAACGAAGAUUUGUAUCAAGUAGACAUAUACCGACGGUUGGCCCAGGAAGCCAAGGUACUGUACGACACCGAAAAGAUGCGCGACCGCGUGCGAGAGCAUCCGCUGACGGCCGAGAUCUUGACGCAGCACCCGCAACUGGUAGACUUUAGCGUGGACGAGUCGUCAAUGCACUGUGACGCAGACCGCAACAUGGUCAUGGAUGGCACGAUCACAUUUGACCGCGCUGCAUCGUCACUCACGAAAUCCAGCGCCGCGGCCCAGGACCAGCAGCCGACCCAGAAGAAAGCCAAAAUGGACCACGAACGCAUGCAACUCGUGUACACGUAUGAGCGUCGGUAUGCCGGCGAGCAAUUUGGCACCACCGUAACUUUUGCGGUGCACGUUGUGUUUGGCUAUGGGCAGAAAGUGCCGUUGGUGCACUCUGCGUUUCGCACGUCUGGUCGAUACCCCGUGAGUUAUUACGCACGGCAGGCGGAGCAGCAGGAACCUGCCGACUCGAACGGCGACGAAGAAGAAACGGACGACGUGUUAGCAGGAGACGAAGGUAGUGAUGCAGGUGACAACAAUGUCCCUCGAAGCGACGAAGUAGAUGGAGUCAGUGACGAGAAUGGAGGCGAUGGUGACGAUGGCAGUGACGACGGUGACAACGAAGCCAUGGACGUGCGUGUUUUGGGGGACGACGAGAAGGACUGGGAGUACGUGGAAUCGUUUGAGUUUCAACAAGAAACUCUCGAGCAAGUAUGUGCGUGGCUCGCGGAACCUAGUGCGUCGACAGCCGAGCUCACACCGCAGGACGCGUUGAGCUACGUGCUUGUCAUGCCUUUUCACGAAGAUGAGUUUGCCGUAGACGACCGGAUAUUCGACAUUGUGUUCAACGAAGAUAGUGAUGACGACAGCGACGACGACAACGAAGGUCACGACGACAUUGAAGUUGACGUCGUCGAUGAACAGGACUAAAUGGAAUGUUAUACUACUAACGUUAUUAAUAGUAUACGUUAGAACUUUUCCAU